AUGACUCCAGAGCGUUUAUGGCCAGUGGUCCUUGUGGCCCUAUUCGUUAUGCCCAUCCAUUCUCUGAACUGUGUUCUUCUGGAGAAUGCCACCUUGGAAAGUGUGAGACUUCUGGGAAGCAUCAUCAUCUGCUCUCCCCUAAAAUGUCUAAAGGAAAUCAAGAAUUUUGAGUUUCCUAAAGAAGUCCUUCCAUACAUCCAGCAUGUGGAAAGGGACAUGAAGGAGGCCUUCUUUAUUAUAUCUAGCCAAGCGCUGAAUAUUUUCUUCAGUCACAAUAGCCACAUCUCCCCAGUGACAGCGGAGCGCCUACAACACAUCAGAAUGGGGCUUUAUGAACAAAUGCUGCAAGUGCAAGACUGCUUUAAGGAUGAGGAGAAAGAGAGCAAGGAGGGGGACAAUAAGCCGGAACACCCCCCACCAAAGCACCUCCAGAAGGCCUACCUGGAAUUGAGCAAGUAUUUCAUCAGAAUCAAGAAGUUCCUGAGAGAUAAGAAAUACAGUGUCUGUGCCUGGAAGAUUGUCACAGCCGAAAUAAGAAGAUGUUUUACAAUAUUUUACAACUUCAAAAAACUACUGAGAAUGCGAUCAGAGGAAGAAAAGAAAUGAUUGAGAUCGUUUAUCAGUUUGGCUUCUUUGAAAUGAUCCAGUUUAAAGAAUGAUGAAUUUUCCUCUCCCCCCACCCGUCAUAUUUCAGAAUCAUCCAUCUUCAGGCAAGAACUUAGAAACUGACUGCUCAAACGUACUCAGGAACCCUCUCUGCUAAGGCUAUUACCAACAUGCUGCUAAACUCCAGACUCAAGACUUUCCAAGUGCAAGAUUCAAGACAGUACACUCAGAGAAAAGUCCUAUGGCAAAAACAAAAGACAAAUUUCAGUGGGAAAGUUAGAAAAAAUGCUAAAUUCAAAGGACAAACCAAGUUGUGGAUUAUGGCAUUUAGGUUACCAGCACAAGAAUCAAGAGAAUAAAAUGAGUUAACA